AUGGAUCCAUUACAACUACGAUUACUCGUGCAAAUUCUCCAACAACCUGAGCAGAAAAUGCUGGAGCUAAAAGGAAAUCAAACGACAAUGGAAAAUUUGCAGCAGCAAAUCCUGAAUUCGGAACAAAUGGCUAACAAUUUUGGGUUUGCGUUAUUUGAUAUGCAACGAAACGGAACGACAUAUCCAAAUUUCAUGCAGAAUUUGAAUGCUCAUGCUAUCUCUUCAUCUCCUACCUGUAAUAGACAACCAAUUUUUUCGGAAUUUAAUUCAAUUAUGAACACAAAUUAUCUUCCGGCAGUCGCGCCCUCGACGUUGCCAUUAUUGAAUAUACCGUCCGUUGAGGAAGCACAAUUUGAUGAUAUGUCAAAUUUUUUGGUUGCAGACGAAUUACAGAAAAUAGCAAAUUCUACAACACAAGCAUGGCAGAAUCUCAUGCGACAUCACGAAAUGCAACUACCACGGCUAACAGCACAACAUGGAUUGCAUCAGCAAGUACCAUCUGUAUCGCCUUUCAUGAAACGCCGGACUUCAGAAUCUUUUCAACAACAAGCAAUGGAAAGCGGUGAAAUGACAGUGAUCAAACGAGCUAAAGUAAUUGUGAUCGAACAAAAAGAACCAGAAUCUACACCUUGUUGCUCUUCUAAUGACUGUGUCAGAAUCUCAACUCUCCAAAGAAUGGAACGGUCACAGGAAAAGAUCAAAGAAUUUGGCAGUAAUAUUUAUGGUAAAAAACGAAGAAGAAGAAAUGUUAAAUGCGAUACUAAUGGUGCCAGCAAUCAUCAUAACGAUAAUUGUGAGAAUGAAGAUGGUGAAGACGUGCAAUAUGUGGAUGUUGAAAGUAUAGAUGAGAAGUUAGAUACUAAAAAACAAAGGAAAGCAUUGAUUGAAUUCUACCGGAAACUUAAAACAAUCCGGAUGAGUUAUGCGAGAGAGGAUUUGUUGAUCUGUCAAAUGUGUGAACAGAAGGUGCAAAAUUCGGACUCACUAAUUUUAAUUCAUUUAUACGGACAUGCUGAAGUUAUGCCAUAUCGUUGCAAAAUGUGUGGCGCCAGUGAAUGUCAGUUAGAACGAAUAUAUGCUCACAUCAGACAAGGACAUCCCAAUAAGGAUCCAUCAAUAACUUACGAGAAUCGACGAAAUAUGUCUCAACUAAUAUCCUUAUUGCGAACAUGCUUCCCGCGGAAUAUUACCAAAGCAAAAGCGGCAUAUUCUAAUCUAAUUGAUAAGAUAUGUGCGAUAGCAAAAGAGAAAUCGUUAACAAAAUUAACGUGUAUGAUUUGUACGAGAAAAAUUUCAACACGAAAGAAGUCAUUAAUGCGUCAUGCUCAAGCACAUCUUCAUUAUAGAUGUAAAGAUUGUGGUAUCAUAUUAUUCGGUGAAACAACAAUCAUUGAACAUGAUAUAAAUAAGCAUGGCGUUGUUGAUCCACAACGUAGCAUUCAUUAUGAUGCAUGUAUCAAUACAUCCGAGAAAAGAGAAAUUACGCUAAAAAAUUGCUUCAACAAUAUUUUGAAUGAAAAACUGUGA